AUGAUGCAUUCAACAAAAAUUUCAACAUCUAAACCGACUUCAUCAUCAACAACAACAACAAAUACUGAACAGUAUCAUUAUCCACCUAUAUCAACACUUCGUCGAGCUAGUCGACCAAGUAAUAUUGAUUUAUCCAUUGUUGAUCAUAAUAAUACCCAACAAGCAAAUGAUCCGGGUAUAUAUUCAGCACCAAUAUGUUAUAUAAAACAAACAAAUAAUCAUCAUCAACAACAUAUUCAUCAUUCAUCUCAACCAUAUACAGCUACAUUUCAAUAUCAACCGCAACAACAACAACAACAACAACAACAACAGCAACAUUUACAAUUACAUUCACAUCAUCAUCCUCAACAACAACAACCUAAUCUUCAUCUAUAUCAACAACAACAACAACAGCCGCAGCAACAACAAAUACAUGAUCCAUAUUUACAUCAUCAACAUACACCUCAUACAUUUCCAUUACAAGCAUCACCAAAUCAUUAUCAUCAAUGUUUUUAUUUCCCACCGUCAACAUUACAAGUUAAUGUAACAAGUAAUGGUCAUCAAACAACGAAUACAAGUCAACCUUCAACACCAACACAUACUAAUCGUCUACAUUCUGUACAGAUUCAAAAACAACAACAAUGGUCAAAUCCAGUCCUGAGUCCAUUGAUGGUCAAACGAAUGAAUGAAAAUGUUGCAUCGAUAUCAAUGGAUGAUGAUGAAGAUCCAUCAGCUUCAAUUGAUGCUCUUGUUGCUGAUGUUGAUUCAAAUUCUCAAGAUAUACUUGGUGAUCAACAAAAUAAAUCUCUUAAUAACUCGAAAAUUACAUCAACAACUCCAGCAGAUACAAGAUCAUUAUCACCACAUUUAUAUCUUCGUAGUGCAUCACAUAUAUUAACAACUCCACCUAAUCCACUUGCAUCUGAUGAUCAUCCUGAUAAUAAGUUACCUAUUGGAAAUAAUUUUCAAAAAACUUUUAGUCCUUUACCAAGUGCUGGUUUUGGAUUAGCAACGACACCGAAUAAUAAUAAUCUGAAAUUAUCAUCAACAGAUGGAUCAUUUUUCAGUUUUGAUGGAAAUAUACCUGAACAAGUACAUUUAAAAAAUACGCAUAAUGAUAAUAUUGAAAGUACGAAUCAAGAUAAAUUAAUUCAACCAUUAAUUAUAAAUCCAGAUGUUCGAACAAAAAAACUUUCUUCGAAUAAUUUAAUUCACGAUGAUAAUAGUAAUCAUAGUUCAACAAAUAGUAGUGGUCAUAAUACUUCAUCAAGAAUCUUUAGUCAGAUGCUACAAUCUUCCGAACAAAGAAGAUCACCUUCUUCAUCAUCACCACUUUCAACUGAUGUUAAAUUAACAUCAAUAGAUCCCGGUAAUAAUCAAACAAAUACCAAUACAAUGCCAUUACAACAAGGUCGACAUACGUGUACACAUCCGGAAUGCAAUAAAAUAUUUGCAAAUAAAAGUGCUCUGGCAAAACACAAAUUAACGCAUAGUCAAGAUCGAAAACAUAAAUGUGCAAAAUGUAAUAAAGGCUUUAAACGACUUGAUCAUCUUAAUGGUCAUAUGUUAACACAUGAAGAAGAAAAGCCACAUAAAUGUCGUGUACCUAGUUGUAAUCGAACAUAUUGUGAUGCUCGUUCAUUAAAACGACAUAUUGAAAAUAGUCAUCAAGAUAUAUUAGCUGCUAUUCAUGAAGGUGGACAUGAUGAAUAUAAAAGAUUUUUACCUGAAACAGCUAUUGUUAAAACAAAAGAUUUAUCAAUAACUAAUGAACUUUCAAUUGAUUCAGUUGAUAGUAAUUCUCCUCGAUCAUUAAUUGAUAAUGAACAAUCAUUUAAUAUUCGAACAUCAACUGGAAAUAAAAUUCUAACAACUUACACAUUUGAUGAAGAAAAAUAUGUUGAAUGUCAAAUUUGUAAGAAAACGUUUAAAAGUGGUGCUGCACUUAAUGGUCAUAUGCGUUUACACGGUGGAUUUAAUGAAACACAACCAACACCGGCUUCAACUACUAAGACACAAAAACCGAAACAUACAGCAACAAGUACAAAACGACCACGUACCAAUUCACCAUCAACUUCAAUAGCAAUUAAAAAAGAAGAACAAGAUAUUCCUAUGAAUUCAUCAACGAAUGAUCUUUAUCAUCAACAUCAGCAUCAUCACCAUCAACAACAAUCACCAUUUUCAAGUGUAUCAUCACCUUUAGAUGUUCAUCAACAACAAUUUUAUGAUCGACUGUCAUCAUCACGAUCACGUUCAGUAUCAUCAUCUGUUAUUUCGAAUUCAGCAACAUCAUUUCCUUCAUAUACAAUUCAAAAUCCGAUGAGUGUACAACCACCAAACAAACAAAUGCGAAAACAAAGUCCAUUAUCGAUGCCUGGAUUUGAUCAAUCUCGUAUUAAUAAUUCAAAUGGAAUAAUGCAAGUUAAUUCAAUUCCGAAUCACCAGAUGAAUGGAAUGCAUUCGCAAUAUUCAUAUCAUCAUCGUCCAUCGAAUUUUACACAAUUUCAAGUAACUCCAUCGUCAUCCAUGCCAACAACUUCAUUAUCAACAAAUCUACAUCAUCAUCUUCUUCGUCAAAAAACUGAAUUACUCAAUCAAGAUUUUUAUCUUCAUUGUCAACCAUCACCUUCAUUAGGUGAUCCUAUCCGUUGUACACCACCACCACCUCCACCGACACAAUCAUAUUUUAUUCCUUCAGCUAUACCAAAUUCAACUUCUGCAAUCAUAAAUACGCCGGUAACAUCACCAUAUACAAAUCCAAAUGCUAGUCAUGUUUCACCAUCAUCUCCAUUACAAAUGCGCAAUGAUAAUCAUGUUCAUACAAUACCUAAUAAUGGCAUGCAAUUAUCACCAGCUAUGAAAUCAACAUCAUCAUCACAUUCAUCAAUAUCAUCAUCAUCCUCAUCAUAUAUAACACCUAAACAACGUAUUUUGAAUGCUAUUAAACAGGUCAAACAAGAUGAUCAACAACAAAUAAUUGUAGAACCUGAAGAAGACGAAGAUGAACAAGCUUCAUCAAUGAAAAUUGUUGCUGAUCAUGAUAGUCCAAUAAAAAUAAACCCAAUGUCAGGUUUUCUUAUUGGUACACCAUCAUCUAGUAGUACAAGUUCAUUAUCAUCUGCAUCAAGUAAUACACAUUUUAAUUAUGAUAAUAUUCUUCCACCAGUAAUACCAACGAAACGUGAAAGUACUCCAAGUAUAUUUCCAUGGGCAUCACAAUUUCGAAAACAAUUAAGUAUUAAUACUGAAAAGAUGGCAUUAAAUCCUAUACCAUCAACUCCAUAUACACCACCACCAAUGUUAAGUCCAUUUCGAAAAGGUCCAGGCCUUUAUUAUCGAGCUUUUUCUCAAUCAGGAGAAACACCAUCAAUACCAACAACUCCUGCUAUAACACCUGGUGGAGAAGAUUCAACAGGUCCAAAAAUUAAUAUUGGAAGAGACUAUCAAGCAAUUAUACCUAAACUUCGAACAAGAAUGGAUGAUUAUACAGAAAAUGACGAUGAAUUAUUAUUUUCACCACUUGAAUUAACAUCACAAGAUGAAAAAGCAUUAGAAAAAUUUGAACAAUUAAAUCAACUGAAUCCAUUUUUAUUUUCACCACGUGUUUCACCAGUAUCAUAUCCACUUGAAUUAGUUUAUAUGUUAUUACAUGAAUAUAAUGGUAAUUUACAACGUACAUUAGCUAGUUUACUUGAAGGUACAGCUAACGAUAUAAAACAAUGUCGACCAAUACAUCGUUAUCAUUUUUCUGAAUGUAAUAAUUGGACAAAAGAAGAAAUUGAUGCUUUUACAAGAGCAUUACAAUCGUCUGAAAAAAAUUUCGAAGUUGUUAGUCGAGCAGUUGGAACAAAAACUAUAAAACAAUGUAUUGAAUUUCAUUAUAUGCCAAAAGUAAAUAUAUCUGCACGAAAAAUAUUAUCAACAGGAACAAGUUCUGUUAUGACUCGACGAAGAAGAUCUCAAUUAAUAAAAACUAAACAACAACAAUUAGAUGAUGAAACAUCUUCAUCACCAUUCAGUGAAUUUAAAAUAGAUGAUGAUAAUUCAAUAAUGAAUAGUGAUAGUUCAUCUACAACUCAAUUUACCUGUGAUAUUGAUGAAUGCUCAAUGACAUUUACAACUCAACGUGCAUGUCGAGCUCAUCGUAAAGAACAUCGUCGAAUAACUAACAAUAAUAAUAAUAUGACAACAUUGACAAAUACAAAAGCGAAGCCGAAAUAUUGA